CGCCCGCCCGCGCGGCGCUGCUGGCGGAGUACCGCGGGGUGCGGGGGCGGUGUGCGGAGGAGCUGUGCAGGGACGCGGCGGCGGAGAUGGGGGCGGUGCUGGGGGCGCAGGGGGGGCGGGGCUGCCCGCCGCCGGAGCUGCUGAUUUGGCAAGUGGAGUCGCUGUGUCGCGCGCACCACUGCUACCCGCAGCUCUUCUCCGUGUGUGAGGCGCUGGCAGCCGCCGACCCCUCCCUGGCGCCCCGCCUGCACACGCACAUGGCCACCCUGCCACCCGAGGAGGGGGCGGCGGGGGCUGGGGUGCCAGGGGGCGGUGCGGGGGGUGCGGGCGGCCUGGCUGGCUACGUGUUCGGUCGGCUGCUGGCGGAGGGGCGGCCCGCAGACCUGCUGGACCUGCCGCAGCAGUUCCACUCG